AUGUCUGACUCGGGACUCUCAGCUGCCGGGAGCAGCACAUACUCAUCAAAUACACUACAUGUGGGAGAUGGCACUUGGGACUCGCAGCGCGAUACCUUCUUGCUGCCGAACUUGAUGGGUGUGAACUUCGAGACAAUGCGAUAUAAUGGCAUGGGUAAUCGAUUUAAGAAUAUGGCUGGGUACCAUUCAAUAAUUAUCGCCCACGGUGUCAUCGCGACUAUUGUUUUCUUGGGUCUUGUUCCGAUAUCAACCUUAAUCAUCCGGUAUUACUCUCGGUGGAAUCCUUUCUGGGCGUUUAAGCUCCACGCAUGGUGUCAGGUACUCACGCUACUCCUGACGACCGUGGUAUUUGUGCUGGGCUGGUUCGCUGUCGGCCCCGAGAGAAGCCUGACCAACCCCCACCAUGGAAUUGGUUUAGCGAUAUACGUCAUGGUCAUCUUUCAAGUCCUUUGGGGCUGGUUUCUGCACAAAGUAGAGAGCAAGAAGAGGUCGUACCACGUCCCCUUGAAGCUGGUGAUUCACCGAUGGCUUGGUCGAGCACUGGCCAUAUUAGGAAUUGUUCAAAUUCCUCUGGGCCUGACACUCUAUGGUUCUCCGAAAGUGCUUUUCAUUCUAUUCGCAGUGGCAGCGUUUGCGCUCUUCAUGGCCUUUUUUGUGCUGUCCUACCUUUAUGACGACGAGGGCUUCCAUGCACCAAGCGAGCAUGGAAGCCGAUACACUGGGCCAUCAGUCGUGGAAGAAGAGCACGGUCAUCACGGUGGCUUGGGCCAGGCCUUGGCUGGAGGUGCCUUGGGUGCAGGUCUUGCCUCGAUGUUCCGACGACGUCAGAGAAGCCGCCAUUCGAGUCAAGUCUAUGAAGAGUCUCGUACAUCAUACUCGGAUGACAAAUACUCAGACGAAUCCUCUAGGCCGAGCGGUGGAGGUGGCGGAGGUAAAAGUGGCGGUGGUUGGGGCAAGAAGCUUCUGGAGAUCGGUGCCUUGGCUGGUGCUGGCAUUCUAGCAAAGAAACUGUGGGACCGUCGGCGAAACCGCGAAGAUGACGCUGAAUCGGGCCGAUAUAGACCUGCCCAUUCACGCAGUGACAGCUACACCGAGGACUCUCUCAGCCGACUAGAGGAUGGACGACCAGAGCCCGCUCGCCCUUUGCCUGCCAAUCGCCCUCCAAGCCGCCCGCCUAGCCGGCCACAGAGUCCCGGUUCGUCAUACUAUUACAACAGUACAUACCUCACCGAGCCUGAAAGGCGCCCAUCUCAUGGAGUCCGUGAUGCACUACUCGGCGCUGGUGCCUUCGCUGCUGUGAAACGUUUAUUCAGUCGCAACAAAGACAAGGACGAUGAAGAAAAACGCCGAAUGGAGGACAUUCGCCGUCGGGAGGAAGAGGAUGAACGGCUGCAAAGGGCAAAUAGCAAACGACGCCGCCCAGAUGCAGGAGUCGGGCCCUAUCCUCAGCGACGACGUCCAAGCUCUUACACAGAGAGUGACUUGACUCCAACCGACUUGACACCCCGACCUCCACCUCCCCGACAGUCAUCCCUUGGAGACUCAUUGCUCACCCCGGAGCCUGUUGCAACGGGUGCUGUUCAUGGCGUUCCCUCGGAUAUCCCUCCCAUCCCUCCAGUGCACCAAGAAUUGUCCGGCGACCUGCCAUCCGAGCGACCACAUUCUUACCACUCUCACCAUUCUCGACAUAGCCAUGAUUUUGCCGAGGGCGCACUUGCUGGGGCAGCCGCCGGAGCAGCUAUGGGCGCUGCAUCUAGCCACCGUCGUAGCAGCGUGAGCCGACAUCGUGAAGACCACGUCGAGUCUCCACCGGUCUCAGUCAAGGUUAAAAUGCACAACGACGGUAGACAUGUCACUCUCCGCCGCCUUACAGAAGAAGAAGCGGCCGCCCAGCGCGAGGCACGACGCCGUGAGCGUCGAAACUCCCGGCGUCGCGGCAGCAGCGCGGGUUCCUUAUCUGGAGACGAAAACAGAAGCCAGGACCGCUGGCGUCGUGUUGAAGAAAUGGAGCGCCGACAAGCCGAGCAGACUCGCCGGGAACAAGAGGCUGCAAUUGCUGCCGCAUCGGCUGCGCCAACUGGUAGCGCCCCGAUAUCCUCAUUCCACCCAUCUCAAUCUCAGAUUAGCCACAUGCCACCACCGCCUCCUAUCCCGCAACCCGCUCCUUCCAGCAUACCCUACGGCAGUGUCACAUCCCCUGGCAUCUGGACAGGCACGGAUGCAAGCGGCUCAUAUGCGAACAAUCGCCGACGCCGACGCGCAGAGCGAGCACGGGCGAGGCAGGAGAGACAACAGCGUGGCGUGGAGUUUGAAUAA